UCGCGAACCGCCGCACCAAGAGCAUGGACCACCUCGUCGCAUCUCACAACCAACCCAAUCGCAAAAACAACGACUUUCCUCGAUCGCUCACCUCAUUCUAAACCCAAAAAAACUAAUUUUUCCUCUAAAACAACCCUCAAAAUCAACUUCCCAACCCAAAAAAAACUAUUUUUCCUUCAAAAACACACUUUCCUGGCCAAAAAAAUCGAGAAAUCGCGGAAAACCGCCGGUAUGAGAGACGACACUGGUGUUUCUCCUGAAGACGGGGGCUUAUUGAGAUGAAACCUUCCGACCUAGAACACUCCCGACCCUUAGAAGGGUGGAACAGUAGUUGGUGAUAGUGACGGAAAGGGAAUAAACAAUGCUAGAAAGGGGUAGCAGUCUGUUUUGACCGCCGUUCAAGUUCGUGAAUUAGAUUUAUUGAUUCGUUUUGCGAAGCCCCUUUUAAAGAAGAAAAAUAAAGAUAUUCUAAAGGAAAAACUUGUUACUAUAUCAACAAAUUGGAACUACUACAAUAAACCAAAAAAGUCUGCUUCUUGAUUUAAUCGAAAAAGAAAAUCAGGAAGAAAUAGACUAGUUCAAGCAACAUUGUGUUCUUCAAUAUGGAAUUUGUAUGCGAAGUUCUAAAUCAAGAUAAGCUGUUCUUAUUGCCGAUAGUGAUCAUCCUCUACGUGGUAUUUCACAUAAAAAAAUUGUAUUAGGACAACAAGAAUAUGUAAAAUAAAGACAUUCAGUUUAGAUUUAUAGGAUUUAAAUUAUAUUUAAGUGAUUCAUAGUGGAUUUGACGGAUGGAAUGACGUAUUCAACUUAAGACUUUACAGGACCUUACCCCAAUCCUGACUGAAACCCAAACCAAAAACUACCUAGUGAACCAAAAAAAAAACAAAAUUAACCAAAAUAAAAAAAUUUCAAGGAAAAUUAAAAUGUCUUAUUUUGUACGAUACAUUCUAGGCAAAUUAGUAGAGAAUUAACUAAUUAAUAAUUAAAUUAAAUUAAAAUGCUUAUCAGUAUAUCUGAGUAGUGCCCUUUCGUAUGGAGGCUAACUAUUCUAGACAAUUGUCGUCGAAUCAUACAAACUAUACGACCACAGAUCAUGGCUAUAAUUUGGCGCAAAGUAUCGCUAUGUGCAUCAUUUUGGGCGGGAUCAUCAUCACCACAAUUAUAGGAAAUACGUUGGUUUGCGUGUGUAUAUUCCUGGUGAGGAAACUGCGACGGCCCUGUAACUACUUGCUGGUCAGUUUGGCUGUCAGCGAUCUGUGCGUGGCCAUCCUGGUCAUGCCCAUGGCCCUCAUUUACGAAAUCUGUGGACAGUGGAUAUUUGGGGACAUCGCAUGCAAUCUAUGGGUGAGCCUGGACGUCCUGAGCUGUACCUCGUCCAUCCUGAACCUGUGCAUGAUCUCCGUGGACCGGUACUACGCCAUCACGAAGCCGCUGGAGUACGGCGUGAAGCGCACGCCGCGGCGCAUGAUCCUCUGGAUAGUGCUGGUGUGGUGUUUGGCGGCGAUGAUCUCCCUGCCGCCCCUCCUCAUCCUGGGCAACGAACACUCUAUCGCGGAGGAGGGCGGCAGGACCACGCCCAACGUGUGUCUAGUGUCGCAACAUAUCGGUUACCAGGUGUACGCCACGAUGUGCAGCUUCUACAUUCCGCUCACCGUGAUGAUCCUGGUCUACUACAAGAUCUUCCGUGCGGCACGGAGGAUAGUGAACGAGGAGAAGAAGGCCCAGAGCCACCUGGAGCCCCACUGCUACCUGGAGAUCAGCGUGAAAAAUGGGGAAGGACCGCCGGAGAACAAGAUUGCCGGCCAGUCGCCGGCCAACUGUUCCAGGGCGGGGAACCACAGGUCGAGUUCGGCCAGCACCAACACGGUGUGCAGUCUGGACCCAACCCUAGGCCGCUGCUUCAAGUCGCGUCACAGCAACGAGUCCCAGUGCCCCAUGCUCUCAUCCUUCCCCUCCAAGCCACCCGGGAGCACCAAACUGCGCCAGCCCAAGUCAGGCAUCCUCAGCGCAGUGGUGCGGGCAUCCCCCGUGGUCAACUCCAACCAGAAAAAACUGCGCUUCCAGCUGGCCAAGGAGCGGAAGGCCAGCACCACGCUGGGCAUCAUCAUGAGCGCCUUCAUCUUCUGCUGGCUGCCCUUCUUCGUGCUGGCCCUCAUCAGGCCGUUCUUCCUCAGCGACACCAUCAACUUCAUGAACACUCUGAGCAGUUUGUUUUUGUGGCUGGGCUACACCAACAGUCUGCUCAAUCCCAUUAUUUAUGCGACGUUGAAUAGGGAUUUUCGGAAGCCUUUCAAGGCGAUUCUGUACUUCAGGUGUGGCAGUUUGAAUCACAUGAUGCGAGAAGACUUCUACCAUAGUCAGUUUGGUGAUCCUGAGCACAACGCGACCAGGUACCACAUGGACUAUGAGGAAGGAGUCGAGUACAUUGAAGCUGAAGGAGAAGGACUAAAAGUGCAGGAGAUUGACGCUGCGCACGAAUCUUUUCUGUGAUCGAUUUUGGUGCACUAAAGUGGUACCGUUUGGACUCAAAGACUUUAUUUAGUUCGUAUGUUUUCUUUCAUUGGUGCGACCAUGGUGACAAUCGACUUAAAUUUUACCUAUCUUCGUGUUUUUAACAUGUAUUAGUUCCUGUUCUAGUCAAUUUAUAAGCUUUUUAUACUAAAAAGGAAAAGAAAACAAAACAAAACACAAUAUAACAAAAA